AUGGCGGGGGAGCUGUAUGCGACAGAGCAAGAGCUAGUGGAUUUUGAUGUUAACAGUAACAACCAAGGAUGCAAUGGAGGAUUUAUGGAGAAGGCAUUUGAAUUAAUGAAAAAGAAUGGUGGAUUAACCACGGAGAAUGAUUACCCUUACAAGGGUAAAGAUGAAACCUGUAAUAAAGGGAAAAUAAAAAAUCACGCAGUGACAAUAAGUGGAUAUGAAGCUGUAACUGCUAAUAACGAGAAAGACCCAGAAGCUACGAUAUGGCCAGAGAAUCCUCUGCUGCCAAAUGAUCCUUAUGAUAGAGCCGUGGCUCGUUUUUGGGUUCAAUUUGCUGAAAACAAGGGUCUUGCUAUCUCGACGAUGUUCUACAAUAAUGGAGAAGAACAAGAGAAAGGAAUGAAGGAAAGCUUGGAAAUGCUAGAAACAUUUGAAGAAUAUGGGCUGGGAGAGAAGAAAUAUUUCCAUGGAGAAAAGAUUGGCAUGGUAGACGUAGCAUUUGGUUCGAUUAUUUAUUGGUUGGGUGCGAUCGAGGAAGUAAUUGGGGUGAAAUUAUUUGAACCCAAGAAAUUCCCUCGCUUGCAUACAUGGACAGAAAAUUUCGAGAAAGUGCCUAUACUCAAAGAAAAUCUUCCAAAUCGCGAAGAGAUGGUGUAUCUGAAGCUUUAUCGGGAAAGUGUGGUAGCAUCUGCAUGAAUGCAAGUUU